AGGGUCUUCUCCAACAGUUCUACCGUUGCAUGCUAUUUUUGCUUGCUCUUCUUCCUCGACUUGGAAACUCCAGUGUCUAUUAACUCUACAUUAGCAUAGCGCAGCAUUGUAAGAACUGCCUUGUCUUUCGCCGCCGCCGCCGCCGCCGCCAUACUUGACCCCACUUGCGUCAGGUUCGGGCACAACUAACUGCCAGGCUUCACCACCGGCGUGCCCCUCCUCCGGGUCGCGUAACAUUUCUCCAGGCUGUUGGUCCCAAACCUUGCACCACAACAGACGCGUCCCCCGCCGUAUCCUACCCAGACAUUCCAACGCGGGGAACGUUGAACGCUAGACGCGUCCACUAGCCUUUUGCGCGCACGCCCCUCGUCAGCAGCAAUGGAGGAACAGCUAGUCGCCCUCCUCGCCGCGACCCAGUCGGCGCAGGAGACUCCGCGAAAACAUGCCGAGCAGCAGCUGAAGUCGUUCUAUGGCCAUCAGGAGCUGCCUCUCGGCCUCGUGGGCAUUGCCUGCCAUGACAGCGUGCCCCUCAACACCCGCCAGGCGGCCCUGCUGUCGCUCAAGCAGCUGGUGUUGGCUGGCUGGAGUGACAACUUCGAUGAAUUCAAGGGCCAGCUCCUAGUCAACGAUGAGACGAAGGCACAGCUCCGGCCCCAGCUGCUCCAGCUCGCGACAACAGAUCACCUCGACCGCAAACUGAAAGCCGCCGCUAGUCUUGUUGUCAGCAAGAUCGCUGCUGCCGACUACCCAGCUGAAUGGCCCGACCUCCUCGAAAGCCUCCUCCAACUCAUCCCACGUGCCACCGACGGGCAAUUGCACGGCGCAUUGAAGGUGCUGAGCGAGCUCGUUGACGACUGCUUCAACGAGCACACUUUCUUCGGUGUGGCGCCUCAGCUCGUCAAGGUCAUUUAUGAUGUGGCUGCGAACGAGCAGAGGCGGCCGCAGCACCGAGCAUUGGCCUGCAGCGUGUUCCGUGGAUGUUUCGAUAUUCUCGAGAUGAUCCUGGAGGAUCACAAGGCUUCGGUGAAGGGCUUCGCAGACGAGAUACUGAAGGAGUGGCUGCCGUUCUUCAUCGGUGUGCUGAAGACGAAGCUCGCAAACCCGCCUAGUGAGCAGGAAGAGAUGGACGAGGCGCCAAACGCCGAGACAUACAAGGGCCUCAUCUCCUUGAAGCUCCAAGUUGUGAAGGUUCUCAUGCGGAUACGAUCCGUCUUCCCUUCGAUGCUCUCCCCGCACAGCCUUAUGCUAUUCCAAGCGACCUGGGAAGAGCUGUCAACCCUCCAACCAGCAUACCACCUCAUGUACAUCCAAGAAGAGCGACAGAGCAGGCUGGAAGACGCCGAUGGACUGCCCUACACUCUGGACUUCCUCGUCCUCGAAGAGCUCGACUUCAUGCAGGCAUGUCUCCGAGCGCCUCCAGUGCGUGCCCAGCUUGAGCAGGAGCUGCAGCAUCAGUCUGCCGAGAAUUCAUGGGUUACCGAAGUCAUGAAGCUCGCAGUUGGCUAUGCGCAGAUUACGACGGAGGAGGAAGGUCUUUGGGAUAUCGACGUCAACAUCUUCCUCAGCGAGGAAACAAGCGUCACUGCCAACUACACUCCUCGAACCGCGUGUGGCGACCUGGUGAUCAAGCUUGGCGAAUGGCUGUCCGAACCAACCAUCAACGGCCUCCUCACUUACACACGAGCUUUGUACUCCGGGACUGAGAGCUGGAAGGCCAAGGAAGCUGCGCUUUACGUUCUUAGCCAGAUGCUUAGCGACUUCCAGGACACUGAUAAGCAGAUCAGCCCAGAAGCCGCGAGUGGCUUCGUUGACUUCACCCGCUAUGCCAUGCAACAGCCAGAUGCUUUCCUCAGAGCGCGUGGUUACUUGAUCGCAGGAAGUCUGACACGGACAUCAGGCGAUGCCCUCCAACAAUACGCUACAUCUUUCCUCGAAGCAUCACUGCAAGCCAUAUCAAACGACGAGUCCGACGUGGUCCGCGUAUCUUGCAUUCGCGCCUUGCAAUUCUACCUCCAGGCUCUGCCUGCCAGUGUCACACAACCCAUUCAGCCCAACAUCAUUCACGCCAUCCAGGAAUAUCUCAACACACAAGAUCUGCAAGAGUUGGCCGAUAGUGACGACCUGAUGGUCACGUUGGUCGAGACGCUCAGAGAUGCUAUUCUCAUUGAUACACGCAUCUGCAUUACUGCCAACGGCCUAGACCUUCUGUUUUCGAUUGCCAGCCACGGAGCCAACAACUUCCAGCUCACUAUGCUGGUCAAUGAGACCUUCGAAGAAGUGACACAAUCCAUUGCUCGCAUGGGUGGCGACGCCUACGUCAAUUUGUGCGCGAAGGUCCUUCCCUCACUCACUGCUGCGUUCGAUGUCGGCAAUCUUACUGAAGAGAAUGCUCUCACCAACCUGGCUGCUGAGCUUCUUGGAGUGCUUGCCGAAUACGGCCCUGAACCCCUACCUCCGGGCUUUGUCGCAGCUACGAUGCCCAAGCUUACUCGACUGCUUCUUGGCGCUGUCGAUGAAGAGUUGCUCAAGGUUGCCACCAUCGCAGUAAAGAACAUCAUCUCGCACGACCAUCAGCAGCUGUUCGAGUGGCGCGAUGAGACCGGCAAGGCAGGACUUGAGGUCGUUCUUCUGAUGAUCUCACGCCUCCUCUCGUCUGCCUCUGACCACGCUGCUGGCGAAGUUGGUGCUCUUGCUGCCGAGGUUGUCGAGAAGGCUGGCCACGAGAGGCUCGGACCGUAUCUCGAGGAACUUCUGCAUAGCGUUGCUUUGCGCCUCGCUAACGCGGAACAAGCACAGUUCAUCCAGAGCCUCACCCUUGUCUUUGCACGACUCAGCUUGAACCACGCCUCCGAAGUCGUCGAAUUUCUGGCGCGGCAGAACAUUAAUAACCAGAAUGGUCUCCAGAUUGUGAUGGCAAAGUGGCUUGAGAACUCGAUUAACUUCGCUGGCUACGAUGAGAUCCGUCAAAACGUCAUUGCUCUGUCGAAGCUGUACGAUUUGAGGGACCCACGAUUGGCAGACAUCCAGGUCAAAGGCGAGUUGAUUCCUAAUACCGAUGGUCGCAUCGUGACAAGGAGUCGCGCAAGAACCAACCCUGAUCGAUGGACGAUUGUGCCUGCCACAUUGAAGAUUCUCAAGGUGUUGAUCGUCGAAUUACAAUCAGCUGCAGGAGCCCCGCUUGAUGUCAAUGCUGCAGCUGAGCUCGCAGAAGACGGUUCGGACGAUGGAUCCUGGGAAGAUGAGCCCAAUCCAUUCGUCGACCUUGGCAGCGGCUUCACCAAGGAGCAGCUUAUGGCGUACGCUGCCGAUGACAGCCCAGGUAGCGGUCGCCAGCGAGACGACGAGACCCAAGCGUUCCUCGUCGAGUUCUUCACUCGUGCUGCGACCACCCCUAGGUUCGCAGAAGAGUUCAAUCAGUUAAACGAGGACGAAAAGCAGAGGUUACGUGACAGUGCCACGUGAGCAAGUAAGUCGAAGUGGAUGUUCAAUGAUUAGACGAUAUAUGAGAGCGGUUUGGACACGACAACAGUCUAACAAGCGCACGGGGUGUGGAUAGAUAAGAUAGCAGCAUCAUAAAAAUUAUCACUGCAGCGAUUGCGGCAAUGCAGGUUACGAAGUACAUGUUAUCUUUUCUUGCGGGCAUGCAGGCAAAACAAUGUGGUGGAGAAGUGAAUAGCAUCUUGCUUGGUGCUUUAAAUCAGUGACAGAAAGUAGAAUGAUUUG